GCGGGAGUUAGAGGAGUCAGGUAAGCGGCGGGAAGAAACAUAAGAUGGCAGCACGGUCUCACCUGUAAGAAGGAAACCAUGAUGGGCCGAUAGUGUUUUCUCUCAGUCAAAGGCAGAGAUAGCCAGGGACCAAAGCCACAUACUGAGAUGAAACGGCCUCAGGUCCAACCUCACAAGAGGAACCUGCAUCUGAGGAAUUUCAUCAACAGAAAAUUGAAGUGAACAAAGUCACAGCACGACCUGCACUGUCUGAGUGACAGAUGAUUCUGGGAUGGCCUGAGCAGAGAUGCCGCAGCAGUGAGAGGAGAAGGAUGCGUUGGCCAGUGAUAGCAGUCCUGCUGGCCCACCUCGGGGACACCUUGACGGGGGCGUGGAGAGCAUCUCAGCCAAGACUACAGUUCACACACUCUGAGCUAAUCCAGAACAGUCGCCUGCUGACGCUGCCCCUAGCGGCUGGAGACCUGCACUCCCUGCUGCCCGACGAAGACGGGAGGCGUCUGUACGUGGCCAUGAAAGAUAACCUGCUGUCUACCAGUCUGGACGACAUAACACAGAACCCACGCAAGCUGUACUGGCCCGCCAGUCCGGACCGGGUCCAAGAAUGUCUCAUGGCUGGGAAGGAACCAGAGUUGGAGUGUGCUAACUUCCUGCGAGUUCUGCAGCCUUUUAAUCAGACUCACCUGUACGUGUGUGGCACUGGGGCCUUCAACCCCCGCUGUGCUUUCAUAGCCACCAACAUCUUCCAACAGUCAGAGCACCAGACUCUCUCGUACAGCCAGACAGAGUGUGGGAAGGGGAAAUGUCCCUAUGAUCCGUUCCAGAAAACAGCCUCUGCUGUCGUUGAUGGAGAGCUGUAUGCUGGGAUCACCUCAGAUUUCAUGAGCAGGGACUCAGCCUUCUUCCGUAGCCUCGGCAGUCGUCACGUCAUCCGCACUGAGCAGUACGACUCCACCUGGCUGCAGGAUGCCCAGUUUGUGCGGGUAGCGCCGCUGUCUGAAACUGAUAACCCAGAGGAUGAUAAGGUCUAUGUGUUCUUCACCGAGCGCGCUCAGGAGGCAGAAGGGGCCGCUGGGAAGGUGCUCUACUCCAGGGUGGCACGUGUGUGCAAGAAUGACAUUGGAGGCCAGAGGAGUUUAGUUAAUAAGUGGAGUACCUUCCAGAAGGCUCGUAUGGUGUGUUCAGUCCCAGGACCAGACGGCCUACAGACACACUUUGACCAGCUGCAGGACAUCUUUAUCCUCCAGGGGAAAGACAAGAAGAACCCUCUCAUCUAUGGCUUGUUUACCACUUCAAGUGAUAUUCUGAACGGUUCAGCAGUGUGCGUUUACCGAAUGGAGGAUGUUGUUCGGGCUUUCAAGGGGAACUUCCUGCACAAAGAGGGGCCUCAGUAUAAGUGGGCAGAGUUUACAGGCAAGGUGCCCUACCCACGACCAGGAACUUGUCCUAGCAGUACGUAUGGAAGCUACAGUUCGACCAGAGAGUAUCCUGACGACGUCAUCUUCUUCAGCAGGACACACCCACUACUGCAGGAAAAUGUGCUGCCACUGGGAGAACGCCCCCUCCUGGUCAGAGUGGGUGUCCACUACAAGUUUAGCAAACUUCUGGUGGACAGAGUGGAGGCUGUAGACGGCACCUACGAUGUUCUGUUCAUCGGCACAGACUCUGGUCUGGUACUGAAGGCCAUCCAUCUGCCCAGAGAACACGGCCAGAGUCAGGAGGUCACUCUGGAGCAGCUGCAGGUCUUUCAGCACAAAUCACCCGUGACAGCCAUGACACUUUCAAAGAAAAAGCAGUGGUUGUUUGUGGGCUCCAGGGAGGGUGUGUCCCAGCUAGCCCUGUACCAGUGUGAGCUGUACGGUCAGGCCUGCGCCGAGUGCUGCUUGGCCAGGGAUCCCUACUGCACCUGGGACGGACACGCCUGCAGCCCCUACAUGCCCACUGUGCGCAGGAGGAAUGCUCGUCAUUUAGGAGAGGAUGAGGAUCCACUGACUCAGUGUGUCAGACAGGGAGCUGCGCUGCAGGUGGAGGCGGAGCAGCGGGUGAUGAUGGUUGCUGAGGGUAACAGCACCUACCUGGAGUGUCUGCCUCGAUCCAGACAUGCUGCUGUUACCUGGUACAAACAGGCUGGAGAGAACAGUCCUGAGCUAAACCAGGUGGUAACAGGGGACCAGCUGGUGGUUAUCGAGCGAGGUGUCCUGAUUCGUCGAGCCGAGCUGUCUCACGGUGGCGUCUACCACUGCCAGGUGGAGGAGCAUGGCUACCACUGGACCGCCGUCACCGUCCGCCUUGCCGUCUGGAGCCCCUCGGCCAAUCGCCUCCUCGCUUCCUUGUCCGGCUCAUCCUAUCAAAGCGCAGGCACCCAGCCCUGGUACCAGGAUGUGAUGGCGCUGAUUCACCCAGGAAACCUCGGCCAGCACUGCAAGGCUCUGGGAUACCGCCCCCCGCGCAACCACCGUCGCCACGGUGACAUCAUGGUGGAGCCAAACAAGGAGAAAGAGAGAGGAGAGAGGCACAAGCACGGUGGAGGAAGAGGAGGAGGAGGCGGGCCAGGGGGAGGAAGAGCAGCAGGGAGGAAGAGCAGGAGCAAGCCCCAGCAGAGGGUACCAAGGAGCGCUUGAAUGCAUCAUGCAGCAGGAGGGCGAGUUUUCAGUGACUUAAUCACACACACACUUAUGUUAACACUAAUACACACAUACACAAACAAACAUGUACACACACAUACACAAACAAACAUGUACACACACACACACACACACACAUACUGUAUGUACAGAGACUACGACAUGAGCAUGCACUUAUCUACAAACAAAAAAAGGCAUCCUUUCAUUAUAGCAACAAACUUUCAAACUAAGCUACACACAAACACCUGAAGUAUGUACAGGAGGAUGUGAACAGUAAAGACUGUUUCAUUAGGACAAAAGACUUUGUGAAUAAAAAAGAAAAGUAGAAUACAUUAGAUUGCAAAGCAUGCUGAAUGAAGGAUGGAUGGCAUGUCCAGAUCCCCCAGUUGGACUGACUCUGUUUUGUGACUAGGACAUUAAAAGGGAUGUUUUGGAUUUGGAGCUUUUACAGAGAAGAAAAAUAGGAGUCUUGUUCCAAAGUUUAGCAUCUUAAAAAAAAAAAAAUCCAACUCUUCCGAAGUGAUUGCUGUCUUAAAGGACCACCAUACAAUUUUGCAUGUUUUAGCCCAUUAAUUACAAAUCACACGCCAAUAAUUCUCUAAAACACAGCAGAUGUUUUUAGAUUGAUUUCCUACCUUCCAGGCAGACACUGGUUUCUAUUAAUGUUGUGUUAUUGCAGUUGUGAAAAGUAUUUUUCAAGCUUUCCUUUGUGAUGCACUCAUAUUUCAAGGACACUCUUUGCUAGGAUGGAGGGUCAACUGCUAAUCAUCGAUGAGAUAAUGCUGGAACUGUUGUAAAGUAAACAAUAAGAGGACAAAGAACACACUUAUGUGCUGAAAACAAUUUGAUUGUUGUAUGGCAGCUAACUGUCAAAUCAGCUGUCAGAGUGUUCGUAAUACAACAGCAGCUAAGUAGUAGUGGUUAAUCUGUGUGAUGGAGUGCCUAUUGAUCUGAACACCUACAGUAUAUUUUGGAAACCUAUCAGCAGUGAUUGAUAAUUAAAGGGCUACAACCUUUAAAGUUACAUUAUUAGCUAUCAAGGUAAUUGUUUGACACAGCAACAACUUUAGGAAAGAAAUGAUGGUUGUGAAUAGCAGUAAAUAGCAGUAAAUAUGUGUAUUUUUCCUCUGAGGAAUAUGUGACAUUCUGGGAUGAAAUCUUUGAAGCAGCUCACCUACA